ACACAACUCCCUGCUCCACUCCCUGCUCACGCCUCCUGCCAUUGACUAUCAUGGACAUUAUGAUCAUUCUCUAUCAGUCCUUGCACUGAUUCUGGGUUCCUAUUGGCCCAAACGUCCCAUUGCUGCCUAUGAAAUGGAAAUAUGAUUGACAGCUGCCGGGGGGAUCGACGAAUGGGAUUUAAGGAAUUGCUCAGGGAACGAGGGGGCGCUAGAGCUGUUUGUUAUUGACAAUCCAUGAUAGAAACAUACAAAGUAUGAAUGGAGGAAAGAACGGAUCGGUCCAUCUGGUCUAGGGAGGGUCCUACGAGGCUUGUGGAACAGACCAACCAAUAAACCCAAAAGUGCUACAAUUCUCUUGUGAAGCUCAGAAUCUGCCCAGCAUGUCCCGUCGGCGUUUAGAGGAGGCCAUCCUGAAGUCCAAGGUGUUGGGAAGCUGUGGGGAGAGUGUGGAUGAGGGGUCAGAAGAUGAGGUGGUGGAAACCUACUCGGAUCUGUUCGUGAGACAUCACAUUCCUCUGGCCAAGGACACCCAUGGAAUUUAUAGCCUGAGAUUCUCCCCCAAUGGAAAGCAACUGGCUGCAGGGUUUGGGAAUGGAGCCAUCCAGACAAUAAAUGUGGAAAGUGGCCGUGCUGAGCUGACACUCUAUUCCGGGCAGCGCUCCGGACAAGCAGUGACAGCUCUGAGUUAUCAUCCCAAGAGUCAGAACCUGCUGGUGGCGGCCGGAGCGGAUGGAAUAAUUUCCGUGUAUGAUAUUCAGUCUCAACUAAACGUCUUCUCACUCACUGAACAAGGAAAUGAAAUUAAUACAAUGGAUUUCUCAAUGGACGGGAGUUUAUAUGGCACAGCCGGGAAGGACAGAAACAUCCGCUUGUACGACAGUCACACCAACCAGGUUCUAGACACAGUGGAAGCUCUGGACUCGCUGAAUGAUGAUGACGUUUCUCUCACAAGAGCUCACACUCGUCGGAUCUUCGCGCUGAGGUUUCACCCUGAGGAACAUCACACGUUUGUGACGGGCGGGUGGGACAAUUCUGUGAAGGUCUGGGACAAGCGCAUAACGAAGGAAGCCAGGAGCGUAAUCCACGGCCCCCAUAUCUGUGGCCCCGGAAUUGAUAUCAAGGAGGGCAGGAUAGUGACGGGCUCGUGGGUGGCACAAAACGCGUUGCAGCUCUGGGACCUCCGUUCCUCUGGACUCUUACAAGAUAUUCCCUUCCCGGCCUCCAAUCUCCAGGGGCAGUUCCUUUAUGCAGUCAGGUUUGCCAGUGACGGGCUAGUGGUGGCCGGGGGCAGUGGCUCCUCCAGCGCUUGUGCCAUUAACUUCAUGACUAAAGAGGUACUCGGGGAGGUUUGUCUGAGGAAUAAAGCGGUGCAUUCAUUGGACGUGUCCCCCGGGGGCCACACUGUGGCUGUGGCUGGAGCCGGAGGAAAUCUGCACAUCGCUCAGUUCUGUUAAUAUUCUCACAUUUACCCCAAAACCCGUCUCUGCUCAAAAUCUCAAAUCUUUUACCCUGAAUGAUUUUUAAUGAAUCCCCAGAUUCAUGUGCAAGAGGGGCAGGUCUCUGGGGCAAUAAGGGCAGCCGAGCUCUUCUACCUUAUAAAUAAAAAAGUGAUGGGAAUCCUAUG